AUGCUCCUCAAACUCGCACUUGUCUGUCUGGGCAACCUCGUUACUUCAAUCUGUUGCAUCGAUGUAACAGUAAAUUCCAUUCUCGAUGCUGAGAUCAAAGUUGCUUCUAGCCAGCUUGACAAAAUGAAUCUUCCGUUGAAUAACAACCUGACUUGGUUCUUCGAUUUCACAACGCAACCUCACUACACCUACACGCCAGGCGCUGUCGUCAACGCUGAUGCUGCUACAUUUCCUGCUUCAACUAAUUACGGCAUGACGAUGGCGUUGAUAAAUUUGGGCCCAUGUGGAAUGUUACCUCCUCACUACCAUCCGCGUGGGACGAAUUUGUGGUGGCAGUUGAGGGCUAAGAUUAUCAAUGCUAAAUGGAAUCAAGGUUGUACCAAAGCUACUCUUGUGUCGGCGCUGAAUUCGGAGGAUGCAGGGACACAGAAUAUUCUUAAUGGGUUUGCACAACUGCCAAAGAAUGUAAUGACAGCUGCUUUUGGUAAUCCGAUAGGAGGGUUCAACCUGCCUCCUAUACCAGAACGUGCCUGGCAGCUUGCAGAGGGAAAAUGUGACACUGAAUCUAGCGCUCUCUCAACUUGGCGUUCGAUGAUUGGAUGUACAACACAAUAUGGCGUCGCUGUCGUUUGGUGA